GCCGUUUUCAUGGUCUCUUCACAUGUCCCUGACCUUUCCUUUCACCAAUUCAUCAUAGAAUCACACUCACCUAGCUCUAUAUAAGGCUCACCUCAUAGUCACAUUAUACUCAUCACAAAAAUCUCGACUUGCAUUUCUCUAUAUACAUACACUCUUUUUUCCUCUCCCAAAGAUGGCUUCCACUCACAUUGUUGUGUCCAUUUUUAUUGCUCUUAUAAUGAUGGCUUUUAUAUCCAACACUACUAAUGCUGCACGUGCAAUGAGGUUGCCGCACUCAUCCACGGCGACAACCCUGGCGGCGCGGCUGAAGGUAGGUGGUGAGGCUCCUCCGAAUUGCUGGGAGUCAUUGUUUGAGCUGCAAGCAUGCACCGGUGAGGUCAUAACAUUCUUCCUCAACGGUGAGACAUAUUUGGGCCCAAGUUGCUGCCGGGCCAUAAGGAUCGUGGGCCAUGACUGUUGGCCCGGAAUGCUUCAUUCCCUUGGGUAUACUUCACGAGAGGGUGAUAUUCUGCAAGGUUAUUGUGAUGCUGAAGAACAACCACAUUUCCCACCAUCACCAAUUACUGUUCCACAAGUGCUUCCUUAGAGAAUAAAGCUGCUAUACUAGAUCUUGUGCUUUGGUUAAUAAAAAUGAUGGGAUUGUUUAUUUAUUUCUUUUGAUUGGCCAGAUUUUGAAAUGGAAAAUAUGUGCCUUUUGCGUUC